AAAGCUCCACCCCUUAACUGACUCACCAGAGAACAACAGAAGAAAUAUAAGCUGUACUUGUGUCUCGCAGAAAACACACACACACCCGGAGACCAUAACCAUCAAAACAAAUCCACAACUUUUACAAAAGGAGGAGAGCUACAGGAGAGAAUACUUGGAAACCCUGCAUAAUGGAAAAAUGGUGGGAAAUCUGAUCUAGAAGAGAAGGUGCUUUCUUUCUUGUUCUUGCUUGUUUGUUCCUGGCGUGUUUCCAUCAUUGUUCGCUGAAAAAAUGGCAGCAGGAUCUGAGGCUCUCUGCAGUCUGCACUCUGAGAAACUCAAACUCUUCUGUCUGGACCAUCAGCAGCCAGUUUGUGUCGUCUGCAGAGAUUCAGAAAUACACACCAACCACAGAGUAAGACCCAUCGAUGAAGCUGCACAGGAUCACAGAGAGAAGCUCCAGAAAACACUGAAGCCCUUUAAAGAGAAACUGAAGAUCUUUAAACAAGUUAAAGGAAACUUUGAUCAAACAGCAGAACACAUUAAGGUCCAGGCCGAACACACAGAGAGACAGAUUAAGGAGCAGUUUAAGAAGCUUCAUCAGUUUCUACAAGAGGAAGAGGAGGCCAGGAUCACUGCUCUGAGGGAGGAAGAGGAGCAGAAGAGUAAGAUGAUGAAGGAGCAGAUUGAAGCUCUGAGCAGAGAAAUAGCAGCUCUUUCAGACACAAUCAGAGCCACAGAGGAGGAGCAGAGAGCUGAAGACGUCUCAUUCCUGCAGAACUACAAGGCUGCAGUGAAAAGAGUCCAGCAGCGCCCCCUGCUGGAGGAUCCACAGCUGGUCUCAGGAGCUCUGAUAGAUGUGGCCAAACACCUGGGCAACCUGACAUUCAACAUCUGGAAGAAGAUGAAGGAGAAGGUCUCCUACACUCCCGUGAUUCUGGAUCCAAACACUGCCAACCCAAAACUCAUCCUGUCUGAAGAUCUGACCAGUGUGAGCCGUGGAGAGAGACAGAAGCUUCCUGGAAACCCAGAGAGGAUCAUUUCCUACCACUCUGUCCUGGGCUCUGAGGGCUUUAAUUCGGGGACUUACAGCUGGGAUGUUGAGGUUGGAGACAAUAUAUACUGGAGCAUUGGUGUGGCAACAGAGUCUGUUGAGAGGAAGGAACAACCACAGUCUGGAUUAUGGAGAAUACGCUUCAAUCAAAUGGAAUUCAGAGCACAGGCCUCAAAAGGUCCGGCCACUCUUCUGUCAGUAAAGAAGGCGCUGCAGAGGAUCAGAGUUCAUCUGGACUAUGAAAGAGGAAAACUGUCAUUCUCUGAUCCUGAUACCAACACACACAUACACACCUUCACACACACUUUUACUGAGAGGCUGUAUCCAUACCUCGGCAAUGGAAACGCACUCCCACUGAAGAUAUUACCAGUGAAGGACUCAGAACACACAGAAAGCCAAGUGUACACCAAGAGUUGGUGGCCUUUUUUUGUCUUCUAGCUAAAGCUCUGAUUCACCGUUGUGUUAGUUCUGUUUAAUUUCUGAUUUCAAAAUGGACUGAAGCUCUCAACAGAUAAUGAGAGACAAAUCAACUGUGUAGACGAACAGGUAUGACUAAAUUUCAGGACUUUUAUCUUUUUAAACUUUACAUGGUUUAUCAGUAUUUACCAGCCGGUCAUCCAGUUAAUAUCUUUGGGUGUAUAAGUGCUUUUUCUAUCAGCUAACAUAUGGUGGGAUUUUUCCAUGCUGACUAGUCUGAAUCUUUACAUUUUAAAUUGUUUACAUUUAGUUAAUAAUUGAGAACCAACAGAUAAAGCAUAUUAUGGGUGUACAUAUUGUAUAUCAGUUCGAAAGUUGGAAUGAUAUUUUUUACUUUUUUUAUACAUACAAUCUCCAUUUACGUAAAAGUACAGAAAUGAUGUAACUUUUUUUACUGAGAAAAUGCAAAAGGUGAGCAUUGUGUUACAUUUAAUACUGAAUUGCAUUUGAAAUAGCUGCUUUUUAAUCUCAUUUAGUCAAAUAUGUUUUAAAUGUAUUUACCACAGUUAACUAUAAAUAAAAAUAAAGUUGGUCUAAAAUGACACAUGACCAAGGCUCAGUAAGGUAAUUUACAUAUUAAACAUUAUGACCAAAUGUAUUUUAGACCACUAUAAAUAAUAAAUCAUCUUUAAUAAACACUUGUAUUAAUAAUAAACAAAUCUACUGGCUAUCAAAUACCAAAGGUAACAUAUAAUAUAUGAUAACAUAAUCCCAGAACUGAUACAACCUAACAGGAUCUGUCAAGUAGUACAUUAUUAUAUAUACUACCAUGGUUAUGAUUUCUCACUAUUAAUUUAAAUCAACAUUUCUAAAAUAACCACAAACAUUUUAUUAUUUAACCAAAGCUAAAGAAGCAUAACCGUAACAAUCACCAGAUAUUAUAUAUAUUAAAUACAGAUAUAAACACCCUGUGACUGGAGCCAAAACAUUAAAGAAUAUAUUUGUUAAAUAAAAAUGACAAUAUGCUAAAGGUUAAAAAAAAAGUUUAAAUACAAUGUCAGUAUGGGAAAAAGGUUAUGUUCGGGUCAUAGGACAUAAAGCACUUAAUUAAGGUCAUGAAACAUUGUGGUACUGGGAAUAAUAGCAUAGUAAUAAUAAUAUCAUAGUUAGGGUCUAGUUAAGGUAACUAAAAAACUUGUAUUAUGUUUUGUACAAAAUCUAUAAAAGGUUUCAAAAACAAGCUAAAAGUGUCCUCUUGGAUGUCCCAACGGUAGAUAAAACAUGAUUAACAGCCCUGUAGGGUUCUGACUCUAACCCUGACUAAACUCCUCAAUAUACAGCUCAGUGACAUCAUCGUGUCUUUGUGAAAUAUAUAUUAAUAGUUAAUAGUUGCCCGGGUGUUUUAGGUGCAAUAGUUAUAGUCUACUCACUAAAUAAAAUCUUUUAUUGAUAUUAUUUACUAUAUUAACGCAGUCUGACUGUGGGGUUUAGUUGUAUAGGACUGCUCUUCCUGUUCUGUGUCAGUCUGGUUGAAGACUUUUGUUUGUGACAAAAAACGAAGAGUAACGUUUUUAAUGAGGUAACCUCUGCACGGGUUACUGGUGUUAGCGUUAAUUAUGUUAAACACUACCUUGUUUGUUUUAUUGUCAGGGAAGUGGAGCCCACCCCCCCCCCCACACACACACAUACAUAAUACAGACAGAAUUGGAUAAAAAUAUCAUAAAAACUCAUCUGUGAUCUAUAUUCAUGGGAAAUAAUCUCCUCAAAAUUCAUCCCAAUUGAUUGUUUUACACAAAUUUCCUACAGUUUUUAUUUACGUUUUAUAUAUUGUCUCUUUCUAUUGUCUCUAUUUUUUAUCUUUAUUUGUAUUUUCUAUGUUUAAUUGUUAUGCACCAAUAAAACAAGUAAUAUUCCUUGUAUGUGAAAACCUACAUGGCCAUAAACCCGAUUCUAUACCAGUUAUUGCAUUCACUAUUUACAAUGUAUCAGUUGUUCUCUACUGUUAUUGUUGUGCAUUGAAUAUAAUAUGAAAUAUCCAAAAUAUGUGCAAUAUAGUCAAUGACAGAAGAGGGGUCCCUUAAGGAAAAAGGUUGGGAACUGCUGGGUUAGUUUAUUCUUCUCUGUAGCUGUGUCUUUUUCAUAUUUCAAUAUUUCAAUAAAAAUACAUUUCCUAUUUACA